GUACACUUCGUGUAAAGAACAAUUAAGUGAUUAAACAAAGCUCAAACCUGAAGCAAUGGCUUACAAGUUUGUUAUUGUCCUCGCUUUUGUUGCUGCCGCCAGCGCCGCUGCUGUUGUACCCAGCGCUCCCGUCUUGGCAAAGAGUGCCGAUCUCGAGGAAUUCGAUCCCCAUCCCCAAUACAAAUAUGGUUAUGAUGUAAAGGAUAGCCUUUCUGGUGAUUCCAAGGGUCAUGUGGAGGAACGCGAUGGCGAUGUAGUUCGCGGUGAAUACUCGGUAAUUGAUGCUGACGGUUUCAAGCGUACUGUUACCUAUGUUGCUGAUCCUGUCAAUGGUUUUAAUGCUGUUGUUCGUCGUGAACCCAUCGUUGCCGCCGCUCCCGUUGUUGCUGCUGCCCCAGUAGUUAAGGCAGCUCCCGUUGUUGCUGCUGCCCCAGUAGUUAAGGCAGCUCCCGUUGUUGCUGCUGCUCCAGUAGCGGCCCCAGUUGUCAAGGCUGCUCCCGUUGUUGCUGCUGCUCCUGUAGCUGCUCCCGCCCCAAUUGUCAAAGCUGCUCCCCUUGUAGCUGCCCCCGCCCCAGUAGCUGCUCCAAUUGUUAAGGCUGCUUCUGUUGUAGCUGCUCCUGCCCCAAUUGUUAAGGCUGCUCCUUUCGUGGCUGCUGCUCCAUUAAAUGCUGCCGUAACCUACUCUGCCACCGCUCCAUUUGUUAAAGCCGCUGCUCCUCUUGUUGCUGCUGCCCCCGCUCCCUAUGUUGCCGCCCCAGCCCCAUAUGUUGCCGCUUCUGCUCCAUACGUAGCUGCCCCUGCCCCAUAUGUUGGUGCUCCUUUCAACUAUGCUGUUCCAGCCGGCUAUGCCGUAAGCAAUUUGUAA